CCUCGGGCUGUGAGUGCGCAGGCGCAUUCGCUAGUUCUCUGCGGGCGCCAAUUCCGGAGACCAGAGCUUGACUAUAAAGACAUGUUUUUAUUGUUCCAAAGCAAAGCAUCGUUUAAAAUCCUCCCAAGCUCCCAACUGCAGGGAUGGUGACAGCUCUGUGAGAAGACAAGUGGCUGACUUUGGAGGAAGCAUUGCGGCCCUGGCUUUUGUUUUCCUCGCUGAGUUUGAAGAGCUAUGGAGAUGUGGUCCUGGAUGACAGUCGUGGUCCUGAUAGGACUCACGGUGCGGUGGACGGUUUCUCUCAGUUCUUACUCAGGUGCUGGAAAACCGCCUAUGUUUGGUGAUUAUGAAGCUCAGAGACACUGGCAAGAAAUUACCCUUAAUUUACCAGUCAAACAAUGGUAUUUUAACAGUAGUGAUAACAAUUUACAGUACUGGGGAUUGGAUUACCCACCUCUUACAGCCUAUCAUAGUCUCUUAUGUGCAUAUGUGGCAGAGUUUAUCGACCCAGACUGGGUGGCUCUGCACACAUCUCGGGGCUAUGAGAGCCGGGCUCACAAGCUCUUCAUGCGCACCACAGUUCUCGCUGCUGAUUUGCUCAUUUACAUCCCCGCGGUGCUCUUGUACUGUUACUCCUUAAAAGAAAUCUCAGCUAAGAGAAAGAUUGCUAUUGCGUUAUGCAUAUUGCUGUAUCCAGGUCUUAUUCUUAUCGACUAUGGACAUUUUCAAUAUAAUUCUGUGAGUCUAGGCUUUGCUUUGUGGGGUAUUCUUGGAGUUUCUUGUGACUGGGACCUGCUAGGGUCAUUGGCAUUUUGCUUAGCUCUAAAUUAUAAACAGAUGGAACUUUACCACUCCCUACCAUUUUUUUGCUUUUUACUUGGCAAGUGUUGUAAAAAAGGCCUCAAAGGAAAGGGGUUCGCAUUGUUGAUUAGGAUAGGCUGUACUGUUGUGGCUUCCUUCCUCCUGUGUUGGUUGCCGUUCUUGACAGAAAGGGAGCACGCCCUGCAGGUUGUAAGAAGACUCUUCCCUGUUGAUCGUGGAUUGUUUGAGGAUAAAGUAGCCAAUAUUUGGUGCAGCCUUAAUGUUUUUCUGAAGAUUAAGGACAUUUUGCCUCAUCAUACCCAGAUAGCAAUCAGCUUUUGCUGUACAUUUUUGAGCUUGCUUCCUGCAUGCAUAAAGUUGGCAGUUCAGCCCUCUUCUAAAGGAUUCAGAUUUACUCUGGUGAGCUGUGCACUGUCAUUCUUUCUGUUUUCUUUCCAAGUACACGAAAAGUCCAUUCUCUUGGUAUCAUUACCCGUUUGCUUAGUUUUAACUGAAAUUCCUUUCAUGUCAACCUGGUUUUUACUAGUUUCAACAUUUAGCAUGCUGCCUCUUCUAUUAAAGGAUGAACUCCUACUGCCCUCAGUUGUGACAGUGAUGGCGUUUGUAAUAGCUUGUACCACUUUCUUUCCAAUGUCGGAAAACACUUCUGAAGAAAAGCUGCAGCUGCAGUCCUUUGCGGCCUCUGUGAGGAGGCUCCUUCCGGGCUUUACGUGUCUUCCCAGAAUCAUGCAGUGGUUGUUUCUUUCUUCAGUCAUCACCAUGGUCCUUCUGACGAUUUUGAGUGUUACACUGGACCCUCCUCAGAAAUUACCAGACUUGUUUUCUGUACUUAUAUGUUUUGUGUCCUGUGUAAACUUUGUAUUCUUCUUGGUAUACUUUAAUAUUGUAAUCAUGUGGGAUUCCAAAAAUGGAAGAAAUCGGAAGAAAAUUGACUAGCUACAUUCCCAAGCAAACACAAUCUUUUUGUUAUGUGUAAGUGAACAUAAUCAUCUUUAGAAUCAUGGAAUUAUAGGAAAAGAAAGGGUGAAAGGGUAUUGUUAUUUACACAAAAUUAUACAAAGACCAAAGCAUUUGUUUUCUAAUUAUUUUUUUGGUAAAGCAUGUUGUGAUUUUGGUAAUAGUCAUAGAUAUUUAAAUAGUAAAAUAAGAGAAAAAAAGUGCCCCAGCUGGUCAUAGUAGCUUACAUUUGCAAUCCCAGUACGAGGAGGUAGAGGCAGGGGUACCUAGAGUUUAAGGUCAUCCUUGGCUAUACAUAGCAAUUUUGAGGCUAGCCUAGGCUAUGUGAAACAGAGGAAAAAGUGUCCUCUACGCCAAUAUUUAAUAAUGGAAUGUAUUCUAUAAAGUGUAACUUUUAAAAACUAUAUAUUUUAUAUGUAGUUCUAAAAUUUAAGAUCCAUCAGAAUGCACGUGAGCUCGGCCUGCUGGUACACACUGGUCAUCUCAGCACUUGGGAGCUACAAGCAGGAGCAGCAUGAGUUUGAGGCUAGACUGAGCUACAUAAAAAUCCUGUUUUAAAAAAUAAAGUCAGACAAAGUGUGCUUUAAUAAAUUUAAAAUGAAUUUAUUGGAAGAAUUAAGCACCUGACUUGUUUGGAUACAAGCGAGAAACAUCUCAUUUAGAAGUUGUAUCUCUGGGCUGAAGAGAUGGCUUAUCAGUUAAGAGCACUGGCUGCUCUUCCAGAGGACCUGAGUUCAAGUCCCAGCAACCGCAUGGUGGCUCACAACCAUCUGUAAUGGAGUCUGAUGUCCUCUUCUGGUGUGCUUGAAAAUAUCAUACUGAUAUGUAUAAAAUAUAUGUAUAUAUAUUCAUAUACAUAUAUCUUUAGAAGUAUCUCAGGGAAUUAACACUUUUUUAAUUAGUGAGAAGGUACAUUAUGCUAUUUUAAAUUUGAAUAUGCAUUCUUGCAUAUGCAAAAUUGGAUGCUUAUAGAUUAAGGGGUAUUCUUGUUUCCAAGAAUGUAGAAUCUCUUGAUGCCAUUUUAAAAAAGAACUUUUAUUGAAUAUAAAUCUAAGAAGUUUGAAGUCUUUUUAGUUACUCAUGGUAAUUAGUUGUAAAUUUCUAGAGUCAUUCUAAUCUAAAACUACCAUACCAAGGACUCCAUCUCCCUUUCUGUUACCUCGUUUAAGGUUUCUACUGACAUGCAUUCAAAUCAAACCUCACACUGGCUUUGUCCUGUUGAUAGGGUUAUCCCUUCACCCAUAACAACUCCUAAAAAUCAUGUAUUGUGUUUUACUGUCAUAGGAAAGCUGUUUCUUUAGUCUCUCACAAAAAUUAAAGUCACUUUACCACGA